AUGAGAUCCCUCCUUUGGGCCCUGUUGGGUCUCAGCGUGGUGCCGCACGCGUUCGCUGUCGAUACCCUCAGUACCAAGGGCUUUGACCUGUGCAUGACCGACUCGAGCAUCGAUAUCACCGAUCUGGACAUCACCUACACUCGCUCAACGAGAGAACUUAUCUUCAACCUGGCUGGUACCAGUGCGAAGGAACAAAAAGUCAAAGCGACAUUGACCGUGACGGCCUAUGGCAGUCAAAUCUACAGCAACUCUUUCGAGCCCUGCGGCGACAAGGUCCACGUGGACGAGCUCUGCCCAGUGCCAUCCGGCAGCUUUUCUGCUCAGGGCACCAUCACCGUCCCCGAGAGCUACGCGAGCGAAAUCCCCUCCAUCGCGUUCAAUAUCCCCGAUCUCGACGGCCAGGCCAAACUCGUCUUGGAAUCGGUCUCCGGAGGCGACAACCUCGCGUGCGUGGAGUCUGACUUGACAAAUGGAAAAUCAACAAGCAUGAAGGCCGUGUCAUGGGCUUCGGCGGGUAUUGCAGCGGGCGCGCUUGCUUUCAGUGGUGUUUCUGCGAUCAGUGCGGUUGGCGGACACCCAGGUGCCUCGACUUCCAGCCCGGGAUUCGGAGACGUGAUGGGUUGGUUUCAUUGUAUGGCCACGAACGGUAUGCUGAGUGUCAGCUACCCCGCCGUCUACACGAGCUUCACCAAGAACUUUGCCUGGAGUACUGGCCUUGUCUCGUGGGAUGGUCUGCAGAAUUCGAUCGACAGCUUCCGAAAAGCUACCGGCGGCAACCUUACUGAUAACAGCCUGUCGUACCUGGGGAGUAUCGAUCAGACCUCAAAUUCCUCGUCCACGAAGCGCAGCUUAGAUAUGGUGCGCCGCUCGGUGACACUGGCAGCUCGAUCCGACUCCAACAGCACCAGCAGCGACGACAUGGACAAGAUCAAAGCUCUCGCCGAAGAGCUGAUGAUUCCUUCCGCUAACAUUUUCAUGACGGUGCUGUUGAUCUUUGCGAUUGUGAUCGGUGUUGUCAUUGUUGGAAUUCUGCUCUUCAAGGUCAUCCUGGAGCUGUGGGCUCUUUACGGCAAUUUCCCCAAGAAACUCACCGACUUCCGAAAGGACUACUGGGGCAUCAUGGCCCGGACCAUCACCAACAUGAUUCUCAUUCUGUACAGUAUUUGGGUGAUGUAUUGUGUCUACCAGCUCAAGAAUGGUGACUCAUGGGCAGCCAAGUUGCUUGCCGCUGUGACCUUGACUGUUUUCACAGCCGUCUUGGCAUUCUUCGCAGUUCGCAUUUUCUUGAUGGCUCGCAAAUACAAAAAGACGGAAGGAGACACUUCGGGUCUCUAUGAUGACAGGGACACUUGGCGCAAGUACAGUCUCUUCUACGACAAUCUCAAGAAAGACUUCUGGUGGCUCUUUGUGCCAGUCAUUAUCUACGCUUUGGUUAAAGGUUGCAUCAUUGCCGGUGCGCAGGGCCAUGGAAUGUUCCAAAGUGCCGGCCAAUUGGUUUGUGAGGUUCUGCUGUUGGGUCUUGUGGUAUGGAACCGCCCCUACGCCCGGAAAUCAACCACGGGAAUCAACAUCACCAUCCAAAUCGUGCGUGUCUUAUCAGUUGCUUGCGUGUUGGUCUUCGUCGAUGAGCUGGGACUCUCUCAGACCACCAAGACUGUGACUGGAAUUGUCCUUAUCGUUAUUCAGUCACUCCUGACUGGCCUCCUCGCCAUUCUGAUCGUUGUCAAUGCGAUCAUCGCAAUGUUCCGUGAAAACAUCCAUGAGAAGCGGAGGAAGGAAGCUGAGAAGGCCAACCGUGACCUCGAUGAUCUGACUCCCUUGGAUGCCCGCGAUUCGCUUCUGAUUGAUCACCCCCCGCGGAAGGAUUACUCCGAGGUGAGCAAGUUUAACUUCAACCGUCCAUACGAGACUUACCGGGACUACCCGUCACGGCCCGACUCCGCUGGCAGCAAGGAGCGGUUGGUGUACGCCGAUUACGGUGUUGCACACAACCGCAGUUCCAGCCCAGAAUCUCGACAUGGUCGCCGAAGCCCAUCUCUCGAGGGCCGGCAUCCGACCACUGCCGGGUAUGGCAUGGCAUUGUAG